AAAUAAACAGUUGUAAUCUGUUUAUUAGCGAUUUAGCAUUGUGGUCUUCCUUGAAGAAAACAUUAUAGUUUUCUUGUGUAGUUGUGCUUUUGUUAGUGCUCUGGUCAUGGACUAUUACAUGAUAUUGUUUGUCUAUUUACAUGUGGCUUCUUCACAUAUCUCGCUAAGAUCUUUCAUUAGUUUUUUCUAGGUUUGGUUUUUUAGUGUCUUGCGACUAUUGAUUUGGUAGUGCAGACUUGUCUAGUUGUCUCAGCUGAACCUGUAUCUGGUUAGUCUGCCAAGGAAACUACUUUCUUAUAGGUUCAUGGUAAAGACCAUUGUCUCUGCUGUCAUUCUUUAAUUGAUGGCUGAAAAAGCUUUGAAAAAUAAAAUCAGUUGAAAUCAGGGCCAUGUAGUUACUGUCUUUGUUUUGACAUUCAAAAGGAUGUCCUGACAUAUCACAUCUCCACAUCCUUUCAAAGUUAACUUCUCCUUGUUCCGAAAGCAAAGAAGAUGGAGGAUGAACCAUGAGCAUAAUCCUUAUGGCUGGCAGUAUAAUAACUCAUUUUAUGCUUUGCUUCUCUUGAAUUGCAACUUGCCAAGUGUCAUCGAAAUCAAUGACAUUCAGCACCAAACACCUGAGAGAGGUACAUCAAAAUUCAAGGCAAGAUUACCUGUGUAAUAACUGUAAACGACCUGGGCAUUUUGGCAGAGAUUGUCCCAAUGUGACUGUGUGCAAUAACUGUGGACUCCCUGGUCACGUUGCUUCUGAGUGCACCUCAACAACCACGUGUUGGAACUGUAAGGAACCAGGUCAUCUCGCGAACGAAUGCAACAAUGAUCCAGUCUGCCACAUGUGUGGAAACAUGGGUCACCUGGCUCGCGAUUGCUCUAACUCAAGUCUUCCCUCUCACGAUGUAAGGCUCUGCAACAACUGUUACAAGGCGGGCCACCUGGCCGCAGAUUGCACCAAUGACAAGGCGUGCAACAACUGCCGCAAAACCGGUCACCUUGCCCGGGACUGCCCGAAUGACCCGGUUUGCAACGUCUGCAACAUAUCCGGCCACAUGGCCCGCCAAUGCCCCAAGUCACACCUGCCACCUAUGGAAAUGGUAGGUGGCCCUUUCCGUGACAUGAUUUGUCGUAAUUGCGGGCUUCCGGGACAUAUUAGCCGUGACUGUGUAUCUAUAGUCAUCUGCAACAACUGUGGUGGGAGGGGACAUCAAGGUUACCAAUGCCCCUCCGUGCCGAUGCUCCAUCGUGGGCUUCGUAGGUUUUAAUUAGCUGGAUGGGUAGGGUUUGUUGCUGGAACUUCUUAUUUGAGUUGUUCUGAUACAUUUGAAUGUGGAGUGAGUUGAUUGAUUUUGAAGAAGAGUGGUGUUUUUCUUGUCUCUUUAGAAAUGCUUGGAUGCAGAUAUAGAGGCACUCCUUUUGCAGGUUGGUGUAGCAGUAAUCUUUUUGAGAAGUUCAUUUAUGAGAUUGGGAUUGGUCAA